AUGGCCGAAAAGGCCCUUCCUGCAAGUCUGCCUGAGGCUGCUCGCCGAGCCAAGCUUCCCGCUGUGAAGCAGAAAAUCUUGGAACGGCUCAAGGCUCAGAAAGCUGAACAAGCCGCAAAGCCUUUGGCCAAACCAGGAGGAGCGCCUGCUGCUCCGGUAGCUGGAGCGCAGGUGCCUGGUUACGUACCUCCUCCCCCGCAGCCACCUGCACCGCCACCUCCACCUUCAGACGUGGGCGUCGCCAUAGUCAAACUCGACGGCGUGGAGAUCUGUGGUGACGAACCCUGGUUCGCAGACGCAGUCAUUCGACGUCGGCUUCGCGAGUCUGUCGCGGAUGCCCACAAGGAGCAGAAGAUCCUUGUCGGACUGCCAUCAGAUGAGGUGGUGAGAAUCUGUCCGGAGGAUGGUCGAGUCCCUUUCGCUGGGGCCGUGCUGCGGCUUGGUGGUGCCCAUCUGGGCGGCUACGGGGAGUCUGACAUUGCCUACGCAUACCGCCAGCUUUCUCGAGCGCUCCACCCGGACAAGAACCCAGAUUUGGGUGACAAGGCUCAAGCUGCUUUCCACAGACUCUCGGAGGCAUCCGAAGAACUUCGGCAAGGACUUCAGGAGCAACGCCAUGCUUUGAAACUCAUCGUUGGCGUCAUGGGUGGCACGGCCACCGAGAUGAUGCUCGAGAGGCCGCAGGAGGCGUUGUUUGCCGAAGCCAGUCGACUGCUCUGUGCAGUCUGUGGCAUAGUCACCGAAGGGGAAGUCUCAAACGUGGCGCAGGGGCGAGCCCGUAUCAAGUUUGAGCGAUCUUCUCGAAUGUUCUACAGCUGUCACAUGCAGACGCUAAUGACAGAGUGGUUUGAAAAGACGCAUCUUCUCGAUCUUUACGCCAGCGUGCCAAUCAGGACAGCGUACGACUGUGCUCCCAAAUGCUUCCGAGCGCAGUUCUUGUGCCUCCUCAACAGGGCCGCUAUGGCAGAGGCGAAGCGCUUCAACGACUGUGUACGGGGCAGCUGGCCGAAAAUUAUGCAGACGUUUCCAGAGAUGAGCCUUUGGCGCGAGCUGCGCCAGGCCAUCCACUCCCAUGUCUGGGACAGCAGCGGGGAGCCCGUGCAAGCGCCUCCAGAGGAAGCUCCAGCAGAGCACGGAAAGCGGAGCAGGAGCAGGAGCCGGAGAAGGAGCAGGAGUCGAAGCCGUCGUCGUAGAGACAGGGACGACAAAAAGGGCCGUCGGUCGAACGACGAUGAGGUGGACGACGGCCGACGCCACCGAGAUGACACGAACUGGUAUGAACGCAAUCCGAUUCGAAGCCGUGGCCGAGGCUCCAUGGCUGAACGGGAACGGAAGAGGGACCUGGCUUGGGAGGCCCGCUGGACGACCAGCGAUGAAGAUGGGCAAAAGCCAUCGCAAGCAGAGGAUCUGGCUGGGGCAUGCUGGGUCUAUCCCGCGUUCGCUGGCCCGAGCCUACUGGUAGCAUGUGUGCAGUGGUUUUGA